GGAUAUGUUUAUAGAGAAUCUCUAGUUCCGUCUUCUACGGUUCCACUUCCACCCAAUUUUCUUGCUUUCUUCUAGGGUUUCAUUCUUCUCUGGUCACCAUUAUUCCCUCUCCCUCGGUUUUCACGUCAAACUCUUUCUUCUCAACUCUGGUUUUAUAUAGAACUUGGUUUGGAAGUUCCAAUUCUUUCAUCUCUACUCUGAUUUUAGGUUUUUCCUUUUGUUUUUUUUUGGGUGAUUUAACUUGGUUUGGAAGGAGAAAUCGUUUUUGGAAUCAUGAAGUUUGGAGAGACUUUCAUGGAGUAUUUACAUGGAGAGCAGGAGUCGUUUCUGGAUAAAUUCUCUCACGUUGAGUACAAGCGGCUGAAGAAGGUGCUGAAGACUUGCAGGUCCUUGCACGGCUCCUACGGUGCUGAUGAGCAAGAAGAUGAGAAUAGUGACGCCCUGUCUCGGCUGUGUCGGUAUGAAUCUUGCCCAUUGUGUGAUAAGAUUUUCUUUUCUGAAUUAAUGAAGGAGGCAUCAGAUAUCGCUGGAUGCUUUAGUUCUAGAGUUAGACACCUCCUCCACCUUCAUAUUGCUACCGGAAUGCAGAGAUAUGUGUUGCUCUUGCGACAAUGUUUCAAAAAUGAUAGACAAACAAUUGCAGAGGAAGGCCGGAUGUUGAUUGACUAUGUUACAAUGAAUGCAAUUGCAAUCCGGAAAAUCCUUAAGAAAUAUGAUAAAGUUCAUAGCUCUGUCAAUGGCAGGGAUUUCAAACGAAAGAUGCAGGCAAAACAUAUUGAACUUUUGCAAUCACCUUGGCUGAUAGAAUUAGGGGCUUUUUAUUUGAAUUUUAAUGAGUCAGAUGAGGAGUCGUCCUGUAAGAUUUCCUGUCAAUUUUCCUGUGAUCUCAGUACCACUGAACCUGUAAUGAAAUUGAGGCUUCCAGAUUCCAUGAAGCUGGAGUGUAAUCUGACUUGUCCUAUUUGCUUGGAUACUCUUUUUAACCCACAUGCUUUGAGUUGCGGUCAUCUCUUUUGCAAGUCUUGUGCUUGUUCAGCUGCUUCAGUGAUGAUCUUCCAAGGCCUCGAGGCUGCAAGUCCAGAGUCAAAGUGUCCUAUCUGCAGAGAGGCUGGAGUAUAUUCUAAUGCAGUGGAAAUGCUAGAACUUGGUUUGCUCUUGAAAAGAAGAUGCAGAGAGUACUGGAAAGAGAGGCUAAUUGCUGAACGUGCUGAGAUGGUGAAGCAAACCAAGGACUACUGGGAUUCACAAACAAAGUAUGUGAUUGGAUAUUGAGUUGGUACCAAAACACACAAUGGUUUCCAGUAGUUCUUGUGGACAACACCAGUGGACUUCAAUAACCCUCAGAAGUUUAUUAGUAUUAACUGAUUUCAUUAGGCCUUUUUAUUAAAUUGAUCAUAUUCUUACUUCUUUUAACGCUAAAUUUGGGUCUAUUUCAUGCAGUGCAGUUUUUCCAUCUUUGAUUAUGAAAGUUGUAAAUUGAAACAAACUAAACAAGACAGGGUAAGUUCCUAAGAGACUAGCUCUGUGAAAAUUUGGAAAGUUGAUUGGAUGUAUAGUAUGAAAUAUAUUGAUCUCAUGUCUAGUUGAUGAGAGGAUUA